GUGAGCGGACAGGUGGGCGGGGCCGAGCGCAAGUCAGAGGCCGUGCUGGAGGGAGGCGGAAGGGGCGCGGAGCCUCCGGGGGCGACGGGUCGGGGGUGCGCGGGGAUGAGGCUGCCGAGGGCACCGGGGCCAGAGCCGGAUGACCCGCAGACAGCUUGAAGUCAGCGAGUGGCCAGUGCGAUCUCCGGCCUUAGACGUCUGGCCCCGAACAUCCCGUGGUCGGCGCGUGGCAGCACCAGGGCCUCAACCGUGCAGGGUGUGGAUAAACCCAUCGUAAGUUGAAAAUACCUGAAGUGGAAAGUGCGCUUUCAGCUUAGACGACCGUUUUAUCUGGACGCAGCCCCAUCGGACGUCGAGGAGCCUAUGAAUGCGUAUCAGCGUUAUCAGCCGAAAAAAACUUAAGUUGAACCAUCCUAAGCCGGGGACUGUCUGUCCACCCUUGCCGACUUGACCUGUUUUUCCCGGUUCUCUAGAGUCAGUAUACCACCAGCCCGUUCUCCACCCCGCAAGGCGUGCUUUGGAAGCCUGACUCUAAUCGCAUCCUCCCCCGCCUAAAACCCUGCUGUGAUUUCCCAUUACCCUUAGUACAGAGCCACAUUCCUUACCGUGUCCGACGUGGUCCGGCCCUCCCACACGUCUGCAGUUUCGUCUUUCGCCAACCUUGGCCUUGCUUUCUGCUCUUUAGUUCCUCACACCAUGAUUCCUCUAGGCCAGGCGUUUGCAUGCGCUGUCUCGCCUGUAAAACUAACUUCCCUUCCCUUGUGCGCUCAGAUCCCGGCUCAGGUAGCAGGUGUGAGGUCAAGCAGAGAAGGUGAAUCUUCUUGGAGAGCAGGUAGCACAGUAAGAAGAAAGGGCCAUGGUCAGAACCCUGGAGAACACCGAAGCCUUGUACUACACAGAUGACACAGCCAUGGCCAGGGCCCUGGUGCAGUCCCUGCUAGCCAAGGAGGCCUUUGACGAGGUGGACAUGGCUCACAGAUUUGCUCAGGAGUACAAGAAAGACCCUGACAGGGGCUAUGGUGCUGGAGUAGUCACUGUCUUCAAGAAGCUCCUGAACCCCAAAUGUCGCGAUGUCUUUGAGCCUGCCCGGGCCCAGUUUAACGGGAAAGGCUCCUAUGGCAAUGGAGGUGCCAUGCGGGUGGCUGGCAUCUCCCUGGCCUAUAGCAGUGUCCAGGAUGUGCAGAAGUUUGCCCGGCUCUCGGCCCAGCUGACACACGCCUCCUCCCUGGGUUACAAUGGCGCCAUCCUGCAGGCCCUGGCUGUGCACCUGGCCUUGCAGGGCGAGUCUUCCAGCGAGCACUUUCUCAAGCAACUCCUGGGCCACAUGGAGGAUCUGGAGGGUGAUGCCCAGUCUGUCUUGGAUGCCAGGGAGUUGGGCAUGGAGGAGCGUCCGUACUCCAGCCGCCUGAAGAAGAUUGGAGAGCUUCUAGACCAGGCAUCGGUGACCAGGGAGGAAGUGGUGUCUGAGCUAGGGAAUGGCAUUGCUGCCUUUGAGUCGGUACCCACUGCCAUCUACUGCUUCCUGCGCUGCAUGGAGCCGGACCCUGAGAUCCCUUCUGCCUUCAAUAGCCUCCAAAGGACUCUCAUCUAUUCCAUCUCACUUGGUGGGGACACAGACACCAUUGCCACCAUGGCUGGGGCCAUUGCUGGUGCCUACUAUGGGAUGGAUCAGGUGCCAGAGAGCUGGCAGCAAAGCUGUGAAGGCUACGAGGAGACAGACAUCCUGGCCCAAAGCCUGCACCGUGUGUUCCAGAAGAGUUUAUGAGGGCUGCAGCUGUUGGGGCUCUGCCAGGUCCCCUGGGACCAACUACAGCUCCAAUCAGAAACCCUGACCUUCCUUGAGUGUGGCUCCCCACUUUUCCUGCAUUGUGGAGCUGACUGAGUACACCGGUGAGGCUGGGGUCUCUUCAGGGGAGGUCACUGGAACAGUGAGCAGGGGACCGGUGCCUCACUGGUGCUGGGUCUCUGGUUUGCUGCAGAGCCGUAGGACACUCCUGGCUCCUCAGUAGGACAGACAGACCCAGGCGGGUUUAUUUUGGAGGGGUACUUGUGGCAUUUUCCUGUAUUGUCUUGGACAUGGGAUGUGGGGAGGUGGAAAUGAUGAGCAGCAGCAUCAUUUCUCCCUGUUGGGUUUUAGCCAGUUUGCCAGCAAGCGCAUCCUAGCAGGGUCCCCGAGCAGCAGGUUGUGUGGAUGAAGGGACAGGCAGUUGCAUCCAGCUGAUCUAGGCCACACCUGGCUCUUGGCUGCCAUGUGGCUUAUUAACAGCUUCCAGUGGAAGUCGCAAUAAACAGUUUUUGGUAAAUCUCA